AUGGGUAGCAAAGGUGAAAAAGACAAUGCCGCCGCCGGGGCUAGCGCAUCGCAGCCGCCUGCGGAUGACGUGGACUCUAACGGUUCCGUGUUUAAAGUGUCCGUGCGCGCGCCGCCAUUUUAUCCCGCCGAGCCCGCUUUAUGGUUUAGCCAAAUGGAAGCUCAGUUCGAAGUAUCGGGUAUAACGACUGAAUCUACGAAAUAUAAUUAUAUUGUGUCGCAAUUAGAACAACAGUACGUACUAGAAGUUAAGGAUAUAAUAACGAAUCCUCCAGCGAUCAAUAGAUAUACCAAAUUAAAAACCGAGCUUAUAUCUAGAUUGUCCGCGUCGCAAGAAAAACGGGUGUUGCAAUUAAUGAAACAUGAAGAGCUAGGAGAAAGAAAACCGUCACAGCUUUUGAGACAUUUACGUACGUUGGCCGGUAAGACAGUAACGGAUGACUUUUUGAAAACGGUGUGGUCUAGUCGCUUGCCUAGCGGUUUGCAAACGUUGAUAGCAUCCCAAACCAGUGCCACGAUGGAAGAGUUGGCCGAUUUAGCGGACAAGGUGCAUGAUAUCGCACCUCAGAUGCCCCAGGUAUGUGCUGUAGGUGGAGAUCCUUACGCCAUAGAGAUGGCAAAGCAGAUGGCAAACCUGGCAAGAGAGGUAGCGUCACUAAAGGCCAAUUUUGAAAACCAAUCGCACGCAUCAAGGUCUGGCACGCGUAAUAGUUACCGCGGUAGAAGUCGUACGCCAUCUUCGGGUCGGCGCAGAGACCGGUCAGCGUCGAGGAACAAAGAUCCGUCAGUGUGCUGGUACCACAACAGAUUUGGGGAUAAAUCGACACGGUGUACCAGGCCUUGCAAUUAUCCGGGGUCGGAAAACUUCGACGGCAGCCGGAAGUAG